AUUCAAGCUGUAAAUUGGAAAUACCACCGUCAGGACACCGGAGUUCAAUCCGCACGCAAAGCCGGGAACGUCCCAACCGCUGCACCCGAGGUAAAGACAGGGAAACAAAGUUUUGCCGUCAACCUUCAAGUUGGUCCCGGGACAGGAUACAAAACAGGCGGAUGCCCCGCGCAGGUUCCGAAAGCUCCUCGGCACUUUCCGGGCUCUUGGCGCCAAAAGAACCCAGCGCUUCCGUCCCCUGCCGGGACUACACGGCACGUAAGACACGCCAUCAACAAUCCUCCGCCCCGUCAAAUAGUCCCGUUUGGAUUAUCUCAGAUAUACACUCUUGCACGUCAAAAAGCCUUCAGUGGAAACAAAAUGAGACUCAGAGAUGCGUCGCUUUUCUGCUCCGAUGUAAAUGUGGGCUUUUCUCGUCAAUUUCUCCUCACAGAUCCCUCCGCCAGAAAUUGUAUUCGCUGAGCCUUCACUUCCGGGUCCGCCAUUUUGUUGCCUCCAUUUCUCCACGAGGGGGGGUUAAAGGCCCCCAAAAUAUGUAUAUAUGAAAAGGCCAAAAAGUAACCGUCAGUGACAGGGAGUCUUAACUAGAGAAGGAAACGGGACCAAACUGGCGGGCUCGGUGAAAGCGCGGCCGGCAGCGUCCCGGACGAGGAGCUUCCUGAAAACUUCUGUUCCUAUGCAUAAAGAUGUCUUUGGUGGACUUGGGGAAGAGGUUGCUAGAAGCAGCAAGAAAAGGCCAAGAUGAUGAAGUGAGAACAUUGAUGGCAAAUGGUGCCCCAUUCACAACAGAUUGGCUUGGAACAUCACCCCUCCACCUUGCAGCCCAGUAUGGUCAUUAUUCCACAGCAGAAGUGCUCCUUCGAGCAGGCGUUAGCAGGGAUGCCCGGACCAAAGUGGACAGGACCCCUUUGCACAUGGCUGCAGCUGAUGGACACGCGCACAUCGUGGAACUGCUUGUUAGGAAUGGUGCAGAUGUCAAUGCCAAGGACAUGCUGAAGAUGACAGCUUUACACUGGGCUACAGAGCACCACCAUCGAGAUGUUGUAGAGUUACUUAUCAAAUAUGGAGCUGAUGUCCAUGCUUUCAGCAAGUUUGAUAAAUCUGCUUUUGACAUAGCCCUGGAGAAAAAGAAUGCUGAGAUUCUGGUCAUCCUUCAGGAAGCGAUGCGGAAUCAGGUGAAUGCUAAUCCCGAGAGAGCCAACCCUGUGACUGUGACUGCCCCAUUCAUCUUCACAUCUGGAGAAGUUGUCAACCUUGCUAGCCUUGUUUCUUCAGCCAACACCAAAACAACCUCAGCUAAUUCAGAGGAAAUCAUAGAGGGAAAUUCUGUUGACUCAUCAAUCCAGCAAGUUGUGGGGAGCAGAGGCCAAAGGGUCAUCACUAUAGUGACUGAUGGAGUCCCUCUGGGUAAUAUCCAAACUGCAAUCCCUACUGGAAGCAUUGGCCAGCCAUUUAUUGUAACUAUGCAAGAUGGACAGCAAGUUCUCACUGUACCUGCUGGUCAGGUUGCAGAGGAAACUGUAAUUGAAGAAGAGGAAGAAGCAGAGAAGUUGCCUCUGACUAAGAAACCAAGGAUAGACGAGAUGACAAACAGUGUGGAGGAGAACAAGGAGGGCACUGAAAGAGAGCUACUACAACAGCAGCUCCAGGAGGCCAAUCGAAGAGCUCAGGAAUACCGACACCAGCUCCUAAAGAAAGAGCAGGAGGCAGAACAGUACCGCCUCAAGCUAGAGGCCAUGGCCCAACAACAGCCCAAUGGAGUUGAUUUCACCAUGGUUGAAGAGGUGGCAGAAGUAGAUGCUGUAGUAGUUACAGAGGGGGAGAUGGAGGAGAGAGACAUGGCAGUAACUGGGGCAGGAGGGACCAUAGAGCCUCAUCCUGCAGUUUCCUUGGAAACUGUUUCAUCUUAAUGUGCCAGGGCCACAACCUGUACUGUGUCCAUCUUUUUCUCUUUUUAAAAGAAAAUAGGACAGACAUUGUAUAAAAAUUAAGAAUGUCCUUAAGAAGAAAACUAUAGCUGGGUACAGUGCUUGGGCUCAGGAAGGCUUGCUAUGCAACUGGAAAAUUCAAAGCCAAAUUUAGGGAACACUUCUUUUUGAGGGACCAAAAGAAUAAGGACCAAAUUUCUCAGCUCACAUCAUUGCUUUAAGCUUAGAAGUAAAAGAAUGCUGGAAAUUGUGGGUUGAUUGUUUUUUAAAUAACUGACUUUGUAUCAGAAGAUUUAGAUAACAUUCCUAGUAUGGACACUCACAGAGCCUUUAAUAAUUGUACCAUCAAGUGACCUUAAAAUUUGUCUUAGGUUUAUGAUGUAUACCUGAUAGAAAAGAAAACUGGGAGGUGGAUUGGAAGCAAGAUUUUGGGAAGAGAAAGAAAUAUAUUCUGCUUCCAAAGGAGCAGGCAUUCCCCUCUAUCCUGAAUUAAUUCCACUGAAAAGAAAUUGGUAAUUGCCUAAUUCUGCAUCCAUUAUGUGUCUAUAAAUCAGAUGCCAGUUUAAGAAAAUGAAGUGGAAUAUUUAAAAACUGGAAAGGGAAGAAAACUUGUUUGUGGGAGAAGUGUAUGUAAAUCCAAAAUCCUCCAGGCUGUGCUUCCACAAUGCUGGAAAGUGGCCAGAAAGAGGAUUGUGGGGUUAUAUAAAAUCUGGUCUUGAGAUACUUUGUUCUGGCUGGAUUUUACAAAAUUGCAAUCAGGAGGGUAGUCUGUUGCUAGAACAACUUGCUUCCAAACAUUUAUUUAUAUAAUAUCAAGCUUUAAUAUCAACUUUUUAAUUUUAUAAAUUUUUUGUUGCGUUUUCUAAGUGUGCCUUUCUGUGGAGCUUAUAUGGUAUCCUCCUAAUUGCAAAAGAAGUCAGGAAAGAGGUGAGUGCUGAGAGUGUUGGUGGAGUUUUGUUUCCAUUUGGCUUGGGAUGAGGAAAUUGUUCUGUUUCCUUAAGGUCUGACUUUGUGCAGAGCUUUUGUGCUUUAUAGGUGCUCAGUGUGUGUUGGCAAAGGAAAUAAAAAACUAGCAGUGCCAUAAAGUAAGGAACCAGAAAUUUUGACUCGAUAACUCUGCCUGACUCCCUUCUCUAUCACUAUGCCUGCUCCCUUUGCUUAGACACUUUUUUUUUUUUAAUUUAUGAUAGUCGCACAGAGAGAGAGAGAGAGAGAGAGAGAGAGGCGCAGAGACACAGGCAGAGGGAGAAGCAGGCUCCAUGCACCGGGAGCCUGAUGUGGGAUUUGAUCCCGGGUCUCCAGGACCGCGCCCUGGGCCAAAGACAGGCGCUAAACCACUGCGCCACCCAGGGAUCCCUGUUUAGACACUUUCGGAAAGUGUUUCAUUGCUGGGUUUUCUUUGUGCACCAGUUUGGAGUUUUUUCAAAAGAAAGAGGAUAUGGAUAGAGAGAGAGGUUCUGGAGAGGUUACAUUACAGAAGUUACUGUCUUUGAAAUCAGACCCCCAUCAUUCUAGACCUGCUUGCUAGAUUUAUUGUAAAUUAGAAGAAACCAGAGGGAUGUGCCAAGUAAACAUUUGAAUGGCUGUUUAGAAUACAGUUUUUUUAAUUAGCGAUCAUGGGGAAAACAUACAUUUUUAAUUUGGAAUAAAACUUGACAGUUAACAUGGUUCUAUUUACCUUGAUUAGUGAGGUAAUUUGCUGUGUUUUUCCAGAGGUGCAGAACCACUUGGGGCUCAAAAUAGACUGAAAAUAUAACUCACCAAACCAAGUUUGACAAACAGAAUUGGCUAUUAGAGGCUUAUAGGCAAAAAUAGCAGUUUUGAAAUUAAUUUUGGCUACUGGCCACCUUUACUAGGUUUCCUCCAGACUUGAGAGAUUACUCUUGGUUUUGGGGGAUGACGAAAUAGCAAGAGAGAAGCCUACGUAAGGGCAGGGUGAAAUUGUGCCAUCUGCUGUCAAAUUGUCCUUUUUCUGCUUGUGAUGUUUUUCUUUUUUCUGAGUCCCUUUGUGAACCAGGUGCUAACAAUAAGCUGCUAUUGUGUGCCAUUUCAGAGCCUUGGCUUAACUAUAGAGAUAGAGGGACCAGGUGUCAUUUUAGAUAUGUUGGUUUCUUUGUGUAUAUAUUGACUUUAAUUCCUCGCCCCCCCCCCCUUUCCUGUUAAGAGAGUGGAAGUUAACUCUUCAGAGGAUAUCCAGGCCAGGCCCAGCUACCAAACUCUCUGAGGUGACUUCUGACUGGGGUCAGGAGUUGCCAUCCAGCGCUCCCUCCUGAGCAUACAGAGUUCCUACUGUUUUGGGGAACUGUUCAGAAAUUCUUAUUAUUCUCUUUCUGUAGGGGGUUAUCAUUCUCACCUAGAAAAAUCUCUAAUAGGGCAGCCCCUAUUGGCACAGGGGUUUGGUGCCUCUUGCAGCCUGGGGUGUGGUCCUGGAGGCCCAGGAUUGAGUCCCAUGUGGGGCUUCCUGUAUGGAGCCUGCUUCUCCCUCUGCCUGUGUCUCUGCCUCUGUGUGUGUGUGUGUCUCUAUGAAUAAAUAAAAUCUUUUAAAAAAAAGAAAAAUCUCUAAUAAUUCUAUUUUUUUAAAAAAGAUUUUAUUUAUUUAUUCAUGAGAGAGAGAGAGAGAGAGAGGCAGAGAGAAGUAGGCUCCAUGCAGGGAGCCCGACGCGGGACUCAAUCCCGGGACUCCAGGAUCACGCCCUGCCCCGAAGACAGGCGCCAAACCACUGAGCCACCCAGGGAUCCCCCUCAAGUUAUUUUUUUUUUAAGAUUUUAUUUAUUCAUUCACGAGACACACACACACACACACACACACAGAGGUAGAGACACAGACAGAGGGAGAAGCAGGCUCCAUGUAGGGAGCCCGACGUGGGACUUGAUUCCAGGUCUCCAGGAUCACACCCGAGGCCAGAGGCAGCACUAAGCCACUGAGCCACCUGGGCUGCCCAUUCAAGUUAUUUUUGAUGAUGGGGUCCUCUGAGAUAGGGAGUUGGAAUAAGGAAAGAGAAAAGAGAAACGUCUGGAAAGGGAAGAGUAGCAAAAAGGUAUUUGUUGUUAUUUACUUGAAGUAGAUCCUUUAGCAUCCUGGGUAGGGAAAUGGGAUUUCAUCUCCAGUUAUAUUGCCAUGGAGAGAAUGGUAGGUCAGGAUCCCUUGAAGUAGUUACAUAUUAAAUGCAUUAAUGGCAAUACCAUUUUAUGAUUUGCAUCUUUCAGGAUCAGCAAUGAAAGUUGGGGAAAGGGGAUCCCUGGGUGGCUCAGCGGUUUAGUGCCUGCCUUCGGCCCAGGGCGUGAUCCUGGAGACCCGGGAUCGAGUCCCGCAUUGGGCUCCCUGUGUGGGGCCUGCUUCCCCCUCUGCCUGUGUCUCUGCCUCUUUCUCUGUGUGUGUGUCUCAUGGAUAAAUAAAUAAAACUUAAAAAAGAAAGAAAGUAAGUUGGGAAAAUGUUGCUAGAUCUUCUACGUUGAUGGAUCCCAAUUGGCUUAUUAGCAAGAUUGGAUUACAGAGAAUCAAACAACCGACAGGAGGUUCAGAGUUGGCACUUAAGCAGGAGAAACUUGGAACCUAGGAUGAUUGCUUACUUUAAAGCUGUUUUAACAAUAUUAGUAUUAAUUUAUGAAUUUUAGACUCUAUAUUUGGUCUUAAGCCUUCCCCCCCAAAAAAUAGGAUGUCUUAAUAUUCUGUUCUUGUUCCUAGCUUCAGGGAAAUUACUUAUAAAUAUACAAAUGUACAUUCCCUUCCUAUCACUACCUCUGUGGGAUUUUUUAAUUGUAAUGCCAGAGUUGAGGUUUCUUAAUGGAAAUAUGGGAGAACUUGACUUUAAGUUUUCUAUGUUCUGAACUCAGUGCCUUAAAAGAUAUUCUUUUCUCUGUCAGAUCCAUGUGUAGUUUUUUUUUUUGUCGUUGCCUUUUCCCCUUCUUCAGCCUUACCAUUGCAUUAUCAAAAUGUUUGUGUCUGCUCAGUAAUGUUAGAAAUCCAUGGCAUCCAAAAUUACUUUCUUUCUUUAUAUUGAUGUAAAAGAAAUGAAUUUAUCAGAGGGCUGUACAGUUGAAGUUAAGUGCUCUGUGAGCAGGGCAUUUUGAGUACUCAUUUGCUGGGUGUACGUUGUUGUGUACAUUUAUAAAUACAUAUGGAUUUUCCCACUUUUCUCUUUGUUUGAGGUUCAGCUCUAAAGUACCUGGUAUAACCUGGAAAUAUUUUUUUUAAGAUUUUAUUUAUUUAUUCAUGAGAGACACACACAGAGAGAGAGAGAGAGAGAGAGAGAGAGGCAGAGACACAGGGAGAGGGAGAAGCAGGCUCCAUGCAGGAUGUGGGACUUGAUCAGGGGUCUCCAGGAUCACGCCCCUGGGCUGAAGGCGGCGGUGCUAAACCACUGAGCCACCCGGGCUGCCCCAUAACCUGGAAAUAUUUUCAUUAACCACAUUAGAGAGGGUUUCUGUGGCUUCACUAAAAGGGCUGAGGAAGAAAAAGUUUUACUUUGGCCCUUCUCUGAGAGGUAUGCUCUAACCGAUGUAAUAAGAAACCUGAGGAGUGAAGCCCCUGAGAGAACCAGGAUCCGGCUUUACAGAGAUUCGUUUAGCAUAUGGUGUGAUGACACCAUGUAAGUUAAACAGUUCAGAGAAGUGUCAGAGGUAAUGAUGGAGCUGCCCAUCCACAGAGCAUUUCCACUCCUAUGGCAGCUGUUUUGACUGGCACUUGUAAAAUCUCUUACACCUCCAAACAGAAAAGAGACCAUAGAUAAAGGGUCAUGGUACAAGGAGCAGGUAUUCUGUAUAUCUAUUUUCCCAGCUUAGAAAUCUCAUCCUUUUGAGAAAUGAUCAUUUUGAGAAAGCUUAUGUGGCUCUCUCCUAACAAACAUCAUUAUGGACUUCCAGAGCUAGAAGAUUUCAGGCAUAUAGUGAACUCUUCCAGAAGUUGAAUAUUGGGUAGAAAUUGGUUUUUAUCCAAAUUUAUUGGAGAAUGGUCUUCUUGUGCAGACAUCUUUGUAUGGCCAGAAAAGGAGCUUUAGAAUGGAAUAUAUGUCAAGACCACCUGUAUGCUGUUCUGGGCAUAUCAUAUCUGUUCUUAGAUCUCUCCAUUUUAUGUGAUGAAUUGGUACUCUGUUUCUUAUGCCAAUGUGCUUAUUAAGAGAUCAGGAGUAAGAAGGAUAUGAAUUUGAAUUAAGUAGCUUUGAGCCUCUGGUGGUACACUGCCUUUUGGGGGUAGGGGGUUACAUUCCUAGAAUCUACAGUAGCAAUUUGGCUGUUUAAUGGCAGGAACUUGUGAUUCCCUAUCUCUCUCCCCCUGCUUUCCCCUCUAAACUACUUCUGCUUCUGUGACCCCAUUGUUCUUAUCUCAUUGAGUCUUUCCUAGGCACUAGCACUUAAUUAGUAGGUCAUUUCUAAUCUAUGGGCCUUGUCUUUCCACUUGCCACUCCCCUCCUUCCCUAUUACAUAUUUUCUGUUUAUGCUGAAGUGGUUUGUUUCUCAGAAUUAGUCUAGGUCAUACUCUAUAUCCUGUGCUUCCUAGUUGAUUUCAGGCACCUUGCUUUACCAACAAUAACGAUAGCUCCUUUCUCUCUGGCUUUGUCCUGUGGCCUGUCUUCCUGCCAAGGCCAUUUAUGUUGGUGGAGGAGAGAAAGAGGGUGGGUGGGUACCUAGAUUUUUCUCAAAAUGUUGUCAGUUUUUCAGGUUUUCUGACAGCUUUAUGUAUAGUAUGUUUUAGGAAAACUUAAAUAUACUUUUCUUAUUUAGGAUUUUAAUAGGGUUUGAUUUUGAUGAGGAAGGGUGUGUGUGUGUGUGUGAUCAUUUGUGUGUAUAUACACUUAUACAGAUCUAUAUUAUAUAUACAAUUUUUGUACUAUCAUUUAAAAUAAAGAUGUUUCUUAAUAAAAUGUCAAAGUCUUACCAUCUCAGGGUGUCACUGAAAUUUUUUCCAUCUCCUGGGCAAAAAUUGUAUCUAGUCCCUGAUCACAGAUAAAUGUCAAGAGGAAGUUUUCUCUGUCUAGCUGAGCUAAUGAGGGUGGAGCAGGAGGAGGAAACAUGUGUAUGGGGGAGUAUUCUUUCCCCUGUUGUGGUCUUUUCUCUCUCAUUCACACCCUCUGCAUUUUCCUUAUCUAGCUACUCCUCAGCUGGUAUUCAUAAUAGGCAGAGCAAGUGGAGGUAAGGACUGAAGUGAGAAUGGAGAGAGUUUUUAACUGGCUUGUUAGAUUUACAUCUUCCUCCGUUCUGUCAGCCCCCACUCCCUCCCCUAAAAGCAAACAACCAGGAGAAGAGCCCAGUAGCUGAAGGAAAUGAUUCUGUGCCUUGUGUGGGAGUAAAAUCAAUGCUAUGAUAUGGAUUGGGGGGGAAGGAAGGGGACAUCAGGUUCAGGGAGGCUCGGGAAUAGAUUUGCUCCCUGGUUUCUCAGCUUUUCUUAGUUAAUAAGGUGCUUGUUGCUAUCUCAGUCCAAUGUGGCAUACAUUUAUUAAGUAAAUAUGAGUAGCAGUCUGGUUGUAGCACAAACCCCAUUGAUAUCCAGGGCUGAAAAGACCCAUUUGGCUGACUAGAUGAAGCCCCCACCCUGUUCUCAAAAGAUGCUCCUUUGGCAAUAAGGAUGCCUUUCUUAAAUAAAGGAGGGUAAUACCAAAGUCAAAAACAUAUAAGCAUUUGUGUUCAAAAACUAGAAUCUGCAAGUCAGUAUUUAGGAAAUUGAAUACUUACCAUGUACUAAGCUGUGUACAGAUAAUUGCUUUUUGGUAAAUACAUAUAGUCAAAAAGCCCAGUGUACAUAUUAAUUAUAAGGUACAUCUGCCAGAGUACCUCAUGAAUGUGUAUACAGUCUUUGCAUAGUCUGCUGAGAGAAAGAGAGCAGGCAAAGAAAAGAGCAAGGACUUGAGGAGGCUUGAGGAAUAACUAAAAAUCUUACUGUAUUAAGAUCCUAGUGAGACAAUCAGGAAUGUGGGAAAGUUGGGAGAUAGGAACCAAGAGUUCUCUGAAGGGUAAUCUUUUUAAAAAAAAAUAUUUUAUUUAUUUGAUGGAGAGAGAGCACAAGCAGGGAGCAGCAAAGGGAGAGGGAGAAGCAGGCUC